GACCAUUUUUUGACACCAGCUGACAGCUAGUGGUCGAUACCGUAAUAAUUUUGGUGUUCGUAAUUCUGAUAAAUAAACCACCAAAAUGGCCUGCAAAUUCUGUGGCCCUAAGCUGUCGUUGUGCGGGCUCGUAUUGAGCGUCUGGGGAAUCAUACAGUUGACGUUGAUGGGCGUCUUCUACUAUAUCAGAGCUGUAGCUUUGUUGGAAGAUCUCCCUCUUGAAUCAGAAACUGGCCACCACACCAUCGAAGGUUUUAUCGCUACUGUAGAAGCUGGAUACACUCAGAAUGCUUACAACUGCUGGAUCGCCGCACUUCUCUAUGUCAUAACGCUUGUUGUAUCCGGACACCAGUUCUGGAUGAACAACCGUUCAUCUGUUAGUAUGUAAAGUGGUAUUAUCGACGUAAUAAUGGGUACUGACUCAGGAGUACAUGUUGUUAUGUUACUGUUGAAUAAUUCCAUUCCAUUAUUAAUUUAUUUUUAAUAGUUCGAGUCAGAGUUCUAAACCUUUAAAAGCCAUAUUCAAGAACAAUGCACAGCAAAAUGUUGUCCUUAGAUGUCAUGUUGUCUUUCUCAUUGCUUAGUGGAGUGUAGAGUCAAAUAGACAUUUAGGAUGACACUUAGCUGUGUGUCGGGUUUGUUUAGGGCUGUUAGUGUUGUUCCUCUAGUUCUAACACUCAUGUUAAAAAAGUUUUUAUGUAGAGGCACUAUAGCAGAACGUCUUUCCAAAGUUAGAACUAAAGUAUCAAUCCAUGAUAAGAGCAUAAAGGUUAUUAUAAAUUAGCAUUUGAUUGUACAACCACUGUACACAUUACUGGCUUCUAUUUGAAGGUGAAUAAAAAGCAAAUUUCUUAUAAAUAAUUAAAUCUGUUAACAAAAUGAAAAUAUGGCCAUCUGUAUGUUUUUAAUGCUUCACCUACCUUACCUGUUAUCCUGUAAAAUUGUUAAGAUUUAACCUAUUGUAGUAUAAAUAAAUCCAUCUUGCUAUAAAUAUAUGUGAAUGGUUUAUAAUUUAAGUUCAAGUGAUUCAGACUUAAACAAAUCUAUGUAUUGAAUUGAGUAACAAAAAUUAUUGUGCAUAAGUAUUACACAUAUGAAUGAAUGCUAUAAAAUUGUACAUAAUAUAUCUAUUAUUGUAGGUACAUUGUAAAAUGCUUAGUUUUUUCUUGAAGUAAAGGUAUCGAUGUUAA